ACCCCGCAGUGAGAACUCAGAGUGCCACCUCAGUCCCGCUGUGAACGCAGCAAGGAAUACAUCGGAUUUUAUAUCUGUUUGUUCGGUAUAUCGAGUACAGCAACAGCGUAGCGUCUCCUGGAGUCGCGUUGACACUUGACGGACAAGUUCAAAGGACCACUGGUGUUUAUUAUUUUCAGGAAAAAAAAAAUAUUGUGAUUAUCGAACUUAAACACUACCAGUGCUCCGUCAAAAACGUCAAUUCAUUUCUGAUAGUGAAUGACUUAUCCAGUGUUGUGAAGUGUGUGAAGGAAUAACGCAUCAAAUUAAAUGGAAUUAAUCGAAAUUACGGAGCAAUAAAACACCUCAUCAAGAUGAUGAAUACAUUCCUGGACACCGUGUCCUCCCAUCCCCAUCACCUGGCGAAUCUCGGUAUAAAGCUGUCACCAACUGGUGCUGGAGAAGCAAUGGAUGCCAAUGUUGGUGUUCAACCAGUGCCAGGUGAGGCCCCAUCCCAACAACACCAUCACUUCCAUCCCCAGGGCUAUCCACCACCCCAUCAUCCCCAUCCAGCGACUCACAUGACACCUCACAUGGGCCACCACAUGGGCCAUCAUCCUUCCUACGCGGCCCGUGAUUUUCUCCUUCGUCGUGAGCACGAGUUCAAUGCGACAGCCAAUCCGACAACACCGGAGAGUGGACUUGGAUUAUUUACACCUCUUCAUCAUGAUGGUACGACAGCGGGAAUGCAGCAAUUUCCCCAUCAUCCGGGACAACAUCCACUAGCUGCUGCCGGCCACUAUCCCAGCCAUUAUGGUCAGGAUGCCAGACUACCACCCCAUCACCAGUACCUCGGGGCGCCUCAUUUAACCCCAACAUCGAUUCAUCAUCAACAACAUCCAGCGGUCAGUCAUCCAAGUCAUCAUCCUCAUGGCGCUUUCCUCAGGUACAUGAGAACUGCGGGGAGUUCGCAGAGACAGGAGAUGUCCUGCAUGUGGGUGGAUCAGGAUACUCCUGGACCGGGUCGUAAAUUGUGUGGUAAAUUGUUCAGUUCACUUCACGAUAUUGUCACACAUCUGACUGUUGAGCACGUGGGUGGACCUGAGUGCACUACGCACGCGUGCUUCUGGCAGGGCUGCUCGAGGAAUGGGAGGGCGUUCAAGGCCAAGUACAAGCUCGUCAAUCACAUCAGGGUGCAUACUGGAGAAAAACCCUUUCCGUGCCCAUUUCCCGGGUGUGGAAAGGUCUUUGCAAGAUCGGAAAAUCUAAAGAUUCAUAAGAGAACGCAUACUGGAGAAAAGCCGUUCAAGUGCGAAUAUUCAGGGUGCGAGAGACGAUUCGCAAAUAGCAGCGAUCGCAAGAAGCACAGUCACGUUCACACAUCGGACAAGCCGUACAACUGUCGAGUAUCUGGUUGUGACAAGUCAUACACACAUCCUAGCUCGUUGCGCAAACACAUGAAGGUGCACGGUAUGACUCUGGGUGAAGGGAAACUGGGGGGUGGUUAUGAGAGCGAGGGUGAGGAGAGUAGCAGCAGUGGUGGAAGUUUAUCAGUAACUGGACACACUGAGUCACCCCAGCCACCGUCUGCAGUACCAACUGUAACACCAGCCAACCCAACGACAAACAACCAUCCCUCGUCGAGGGGGCCAGAGUUGACUGAGUGGUAUGUCUGCCAACCACCGACUGUUGGAACCCAGCACAGCCCAUUGCCCGGCCCACCACCACCCCAUCACCUAGGACACCACUUCAAUCACACCCUUAUGCAUCAUCAAGCGACGGCAUACUGAGCUGACUUGGUGUUUUCUCAGAGAUGACAUCGCUCGUCGGUAAAUGCAUCGGUUCUUCUAAUUAAAUUAUUUUUUUAUAUUGUUAGAGAAUCACAAUUGCAAAAUAAACGAGAGAAGAGUGGCCGAUUUCGUGGACAGUUAUAUUUAUUUCUAUGGGAGUUUUCAAAUCAAAAUCAAAUUUACGCAAACUGAAAGCAGGUGAUUAAUGUUCCAGACUAGAGGAGAAAGAAAAAAAUCAAAAAUGAAGUGUUAAAUAUGCAGUGAAGCUCGUGAGCACUUGGUCAUCGCAAAUAAUUGUUUAUUGACCGCGAUUGUCUUCAAGUCGCUGAAAAAAAUUGUUCAAGUGCAAUCAAUAGUAAUUCAACCCGGAAACAUUCCAAUUUUUGCAAACAUUGAUGCAUUUAUCCGAUUAAGGAGGAUAUAUUGUGCUUAGGAUUCAAGUCAUGUACAAGUUUAGCCACAUCUGUGCCUCAUUUUGCUAACCAAAAAUUCGUGGAAAUUCAAUCGUCCCUUGUUGGAAUACCCAGGUAGGAAUAUGAGAGGCUGACGAUGACAACAAUGAAUUUGCAGGCCUCCGUUUGAGACAGUAACAUACCCUGCGAGAUAUGUAAUUUUCACUUUUUUGCAUGCGCCUCUUUCAAUCGGGAGAUCACGUGCAAAAGGAUGAUACGUUUUCCAUGAUGAUAUUGACCAAUCGUAACUCUUCCACAAGGUUGCCAUCCACCAAUCUGAUUCCUGGAGAAAUAUGCUCUACUUUCCACAACUUGACUUGAAAUGUAUUAUUCCAUCAAUAAACAUUGCCGAAACAAGACCGUGAAUGACAGACCAGAAUAAUCAUGAAUGACACGAGUUCUUAAAAAAUCUUUUAGUGUUCCAAAAUAUUUGAAAACGGGAUUCUGUGACCGUCCUGUCCCGCAAUAGUUCAGAAACAUUUUGCAAAAAAAAUUGGUGAGACAAUUUAAGGAAAAAUUUUGUUUAACAUUCGACACCUCUGUGAGAUCAUUUCUCUAAGACUUGGUCAAUCCGAUUGUCGACAGCGAGACUCAUUUAGAUCAGAUAUUCAACGUUCAUUAAUCACCAUUCAGUCCACAUGUUAAACCGACUGCAGUGGAAAUACUGUAUUUGCUGUAUAGAUUUGUCAUUAAUAUGAGAGGGAGAGAGAAAGACAUUUGUAAAUAGUUAUCUUCUCGAGAUAUUUCCAAUUUAAGUUAUGCGAGGGUGAUGGACGCAACGGCCCAUCGAUUGUAUUAUAUAAAUUUCAAUUAUGCUGUGUGAUAUCCUGUACAUACAGAGAUCUACCAUUGAUUAAGUAAUAUUAUUUGUAAUGAUAGUAAUUAUCAUGCUGAAAUUUGUGUAUAAUGCUUAACCAUUAAGAAAGAGUAAUGUGCGAUAAAAAAGAGAUAAAUGUCGGGUUAUAAAUGACAAAAUUGUACUAUAUUAUAAAAUUUGUUUUGCAAAGAUUCAAAAUAUACUGGCGAUGCGAAGAAGUUAGAGAGAA